GAUAAUUGUUUUUCGUAGACAAAAAUUCUAGUUGAAAAAAUUGUGAUAGUAUUUUUAUGUUUGUCGUUUUAAUAAAUACUAAAUUCAGUUGUGUGUUUUACUAAACAUGGACCUGUACACCGUUAUAAGUUUAUUAGGGCAGGGCACUUUUGGGACUAUCCACUUGUGCGAGAGAAAACACAACCAACAAAAAAUCGUAAUUAAACGAAUCAAUGCCGAUCUCAAAUCAGUCAACAUGGAAGAUGCCAAGAACGAAGUGGCAGUCCUAAAAUCGCUAAAUCAUCCCAACAUAAUCCAAUUUUACGACAGCUUUAUGAAAAGUGGGUCUUUAUACAUCGUGAUGGAGUACGCGAAUAAGGGGACACUUUUCGAUCUGAUUUCCAAAACCAAACCCAAGAGAUUUUCACCACAGACUGUCAUGAAUCUCUUUUGCCAAAUUCUGAUGGGCUUGAACCACAUUCACUCCCGGAAAGUGAUCCACCGUGACCUCAAGAGCGAAAAUAUUUUUCUCACGGGACUACGAGACGAUGUUAUCAAAAUUGGCGAUUUCGGAAUAUCUAAAAUCCUUCUCAAUAACAAAAACGCCCACACCGUYAUCGGAACUUGCAACUACGUGGCCCCAGAAUUAUGCGAUGGCAAGCCCUACGACAUCAAAUCGGAYAUUUGGUCUCUUGGCUGCAUUUUAUACGAAAUAUGUGCCCUGGAACGCAUGUAUGAAGGAACGAUUUAUAACGUGGUUUUGGCCAUUGCUGCUGGUCAGAAGAAAAUGAUCGAUGUGAGUUAUUACGGGAUUCAGAUGCAACAAAUGGUUGAAUUAAUGCUACAAAUCGAUCCAAACGACCGACCCAAUACUAAGGAUUUGAUGAGUUUGACUGAUGUUUUUCCGAGUUUGCACAUUUUGGGGACGAACUUGGGGUGCAUUUCGAAGGGGCAAAAGUUUGAUUUUAAUGCGGUUUAAAGUUUGGUUGUAGUCUUGAAAUAAAUUACCAGUUUUU